ACCUUCGCUAUUUUGUUUCCAAAUUCUUGCAAAAUUUUCCCUAAAUUUCUACGGUUUCGUGCGGUUUGCGCUUUGAUCAAGACUUCAACAACAGUUUUCAAGACCAAAAUCAGGUAAUGUUUAUGAAUUUUUUAUCUUGGUUUUGUCGAAGUGCUGUUCUCCUUUCUCCCUUUCUGUGGUUGAUUUUGGGUUUUUGGAGGGAAAUUAGGGUUGAGAGUGAGAAUGUAUUGAGUGUGCUCGAAUUGUUAAGGGUCCUGACUUCGUUCCUCCUCCCCCUGUAUACAGAAAUUUGAGAUGUCUUCAGACGAGGCUAUGAGUGUAGUGGGAAGUGAGGUAAUGCCCUUGGAAUAUGGUGGCAUGGAUUCGGAGACCAGUCCGUCUCCAACUAGCUCAGAGAGGACGGUGGGGGAUAGAAUGGAGCAAAGAGUAAUAGAAGAGGAGGAGGAUGAAAUCCCCUCAAACAUUUUGGAGGCCGAGAGUGGCGUAGAUGGGUGUUAUGACCCAGAUUUAGAGGUAGUGGCCGAGGUGAGGGGAUUUGUGAGUGAACUGGGUAGCAGGGAUAGUCUGAGGGGCCUCGUGGGUAACUGCAAACUUCCUCACCAUGUCCUACUUAGGCCUGCCGGGGUGAAUGAGAGGGCAUGCUCAGCACCUCGAGACCAUUGGAUGCCUAUAUACCUGCAUUAUUUGAUUGCAGGGCUUAGGUUUCCCAUUCCAGAAUUACUGGUUGGGUUAUUAUUAGAUUAUAGUAUAGGAAUAACCCAACUAACUCCAAAUGCCAUGAGGGUAGUAAUAGGUUUUCUUGUAUACUGCAGAGUUCGGGGGGUUGGGGUUCCAACAGUGAAUAUGUUCAAACAUUUUUUUAUAAUUAAGGCUGGGGGUAGGGGGGAGAAGGGGUGGUAUCACUUCGGUCCUCGGUCGUCCGGCAAAGAGAAUAAGAAUUUAUUCUCUCCCGGGCCGUCAUCCAUUAAAGGAUGGAAAGAAAAUUUCUUCUUUGUGGAUGAUACCGAGUGGAGUAGGAGGGAUGCCGAAGUGGAACAGUUGUCUUCUUGGAAAGCGAAGAAAACUAAGCAGAACAACUAUAAGUUGAAUGAGGAUGAGGUGGAGGAGGUGAAGAAGCUGGUGAGGGAAGAUGGGGACGUAGUGGAUAUCUUGUACCUCACCAGCCCGGAGGCGAUAGAUGCUGCUGAGCUCUAUGGGCCAAGCUCAUUGGGGGAAGUUGAGAUGGACAAGUUUGUCACUGCUGCUGGGGGCCUGCGCAUCCCCAAGAAGCCAAGGAAGAAGUCAAAGACUUCAACUGCGGCGGGGAAGGAGGUUACAGAGGGGGGGCGACUGUCCAGCAUUUCUGCUCAGGCUAUGGAGGUGCAGCCAAGGCCGGAGCUUAUGAUGGGGGGUAGUGAGGAUGUAAGCGAGGAGAUGGCACCUCUCCAGAGGAAGAAGAGGAGGGUGGCAGAGAUAGAAACCAGGGGGGACGAGGUGGUGGAGUUCGUGCCCCGGUCUUCUCCUCCAGAAAUCAAUCCUGAAGAUGGGGAGAGGGGAGAGGUCGAAGUGCGAGGCCUUGAUGGGGGUAGGGAGCACACCCCUCCUCACGUAUACCAGAAAAGUUUGUUUGAGGCGACAAACAAGACUGGGGCGAAGCACUUCCUCAACGCUACUCUUCUUGAGGUGGAUAGGAUGCGGGCGAAGGACGAGGUGGUGAGCCAUGCGGGGUAUACCGUUGUGAGGCAUGCCCUAGAGAGUGCGAGCUGGACAAACGCUCUAGCGCAAGAGUAUGCAGAGAGCGUUAGAGAUCGUGCCAGCUUGCAGAGGCAGUGCGAGCAGCUUCAGAAGGAGAAGGAUGAGCUGCAGAAGAAGAAAGGGGUAUGGGAGAAGGAGAAGAGAGAGAUGCAGAGGAGGCUGGAUGAAGUUCUCCCUUCAGUGAUCGAGCUUCAGAACGAGAAUAAUGUCCUAAGCACGAAGCUUGUCCUCGAAGAACGAGCAGCGGAGCUGAAGAAGAAUGUGAACCUGCUGGUUCACAACGGGAUGGAGGAGCACAUUGGCAACUUCCUCAACUCCAGCACAUUCGAGAGCAUCCUUAAACUCUACCGGCUGCCAACCGCCAUCCUGGCCUUCACCGACUGUAGAAAGAAGGUGAAGGCCCAGUACUUAGAGGUGGACGUGACAACGGUCACCUUUGGGGAACAAGAAGAAGGAGUGGAGGAAGAUGAGGGACGCACCAUUUUUCCUCCAACCUUUGAUGCUGAGUUGGUGGCUGUGGAGGGAGAAGAAGAAGAAGAAGAAGAAGAAGAAGAAGGAGCGCAAGACGCUGGAGUUGAGGAUCAAGCAGCAAUGGCCGAAGUGCAGCCUCCCGAAGUGCAGCCAGUCUCCUCUGACGAGGUGCAGCUGCUGCCCCCUCCUGAAGCAGAAGUGCCAGUCUUGCCUGCUGGAGACGAGCCACCUCUACCACCUCUUCCUGUUGAGGAGCAGCCUCCUCCUCCAACAGAGUAGCUUAGGUUUUUAUUUUGUUAGUUAUAUUUGUAAAUAACAUUUGUUGAGAUUUUAUAAAAUUUUUAAAGUUUU